UGUUGUAAUUAUGACAUGGCACAACCAAUGCAUGACUCAAAUAUAAAGGAAAGCGCAACACUUAUUCCUGCGUCCCACUCUAUCAAACAGGACAGGACGAAAAGAAUAAUUUGGGAAAUUGUUGCUCAAUCAUCCCAUUCAUCCCUACCAAGCUAUGCCAAUCCCUACUCUUCUCUCGGAAGCAACCCUCCACCCAUUAAAACACACCCACAAGGCGCCAAACUCCAUUCAGUCAUUUCAACAAACAUAUUGCAAGCAUCCAUUGAUUUCUUGAAACGAAGGACGAUGAGAAAUGGGGAAGCUCAUUUUUCGGUGGGGUUGAUGCUGCUUCUGCUAUGUUUCAUUGUGGGGACAUCUACUGCUUCUGACCAUGAUAUUGAUACUCAACAAAGAUGGAGGCAGGCAAUGAUGAUCAAUAGAGUUGCCUCUUCCCUUGUUUUUCCUCUUCAUGGAAACGUUUAUCCUGCUGGAUAUUACAAUGUCACUCUAAAUAUUGGGCAACCAGCAAAGCCAUACUUUCUUGAUGUUGAUACUGGGAGUGACCUUACUUGGCUCCAGUGUGAUGCCCCCUGUCAGCACUGCACUGAGGCACCUCAUCCUCUUUACCAACCCAGCAACAAACUAGUGUCUUGUAAGGACCCCCUCUGUGCUUCCCUGCAGCAGCCCGGGGGCCGCAAUUGUCAAGACGCGGAUCAAUGUGAUUAUGAGGUUGAAUAUGCGGAUUGUGGGUCAUCCCUCGGUGUUCUUGUCAAGGAUGUAUUUCUUCUCAACUUUACCAAUGGACAAAGGCUUAAUCCUCUGCUGGCCCUCGGAUGUGGAUAUGAUCAACUACCCGGUAGAUCCAAUCAUCCUUUAGAUGGAAUACUUGGGCUUGGCAAGGGAAUAUCUAGCCUUCCAUCACAGCUUAGUCGACAGGGUUUGGUGUCGAAUGUAGUUGGCCAUUGUUUGAGUGCGCGUGGCGGAGGAUUUCUCGUCUUCGGGGACGAUCUUUAUGAUUCAUCUCGAUUAACUUGGACGCCUAUGUCUCGAGACCAUGUAAAACACUACUCGCCAGGACCUGCGGAAUUAAUGUUUGAUGGAAAAUCUACUGGGAUCAGAAAUCUACAUGUAGUUUUCGACAGUGGGAGCUCUUAUACAUACCUGAAUUCACAGGCAUAUCAACAUUUAGUAAAUCUGUUGAAGAAAGAAGUGUCAAAAACGCCGUUGACCGAAGCAUUGGACGACGAAACGCUGCCGCUGUGUUGGAAAGGGAAGAAAGCCUUUAGAAGCAUAGGGGAAGUGAACAAAUAUUUCAAGACAUUUAUGUUAAGCUUCAAAAAAAGGAGUUGGAGAGCUAGUAAAAUUCAAUAUGAAUUCUUCCCACAAAACUAUCUUAUAAUAUCAUCUAAAGGAAAUGCUUGCUUGGGAGUUCUGAAUGGUACAGAAGUAGGACUGAGGGAUGUAAAUGUGAUUGGAGAUGUAUCAAUGGUAGAGAGAUUAGUGGUUUACAACAAUGAGAAACAAAUGAUAGGAUGGGCGUCGGCAAAUUGUGAUCGCCUUCCGCAAUCGAAAAGCAGUAUUAUUUAGGCAUCUCAUUUGUAUAAAAGUAGAUAUUUUCUAUCUGAAGCAAGGCAAUAAUAAUGCUUAUCUAUGCUUCCUUUCUUGUUUAUAUUCUAAUCAUGAAUUCAUCAACUUUAGAGUUGUUUGUUUACAAAAACAUCAACUAAUUGAUUUGUUACAAAUACAUAUUCUUAA